AUGGAAGCAUCCGCAGUCUCAGCAUCAGCAACAGAAACUCCUACCACUAUUACAUCUCUUAAUAAUGAUACUACUCAAGAGUCCGUGCAGGAGGUACCAUUAGAAAGACAGAGUGAUGAAGCAGCAGCAGCAGCAGCAGCAACCACUAUUACUUCUUUUAAUGAUGAAACUACUCAAGAGAAGGUGCAGGAUGUAUAUUUAGAGAGUUCUGCUCCGGUUCCACUUGUUGACGGAGGAGAAGUAGGAGUCGCUGUUACUUUGAAUGAGAAUGAUGAAGAUGUGCAUGCCACCAUGGCAAGUACACUCCCCAAUGUGGUGAUCGUCCAAUCAAACUGGAACAAUAGGUACUUGCGCCUUGAGAGUGAACAUCCAAAUUUACCUAAUGCACUCCAGUUCGGUGGCGACUACAGUUUCGGCCUCGAGACGAGGUAUGAACUGCUGCCAGCUACCAGUGGAACUGGACUAGUCCAUAUCCGGUCUUUGCAUAACAACAAGUACUGGGUAAUUUCCCGUACACGCGUAAUUUCGAUUGACAGUUGGAUAACUGCUACAGCCGUCAAACCCGAAGAGAAUCAAUCAGACCGACAUUGCACACUAUUCCAGCCUGUUUUUGUGUAUUCCAACAACAACCGUGUCGUUAGGCUCCGCCAUGUGCAUACCGGAAAAUUCGUUUUUCCGUACACGCCUAGGUCUGUCUUUGUCAAUUUACCAGGAUGCUUGAGUUUAGAACCUACUGGUGUUGGAGCUGAUCUGUUUACCUUCCUUGAUUGGGGAUCUGUCUUGGUGUUGCCUGACCUUAUCAGGAUCAAGAAUAUGGAUAACCAAAACCACCUUAUGGCUCGUUCAGAUGAUUAUUUGGACUUCAGAAGCAGAGCCGAUAAUUCCUCUUGGUAUGACUACGAGGUGAUUCCGAGUCGCAAUGGAGGUGUCCGCCUGAAGAGUGUCAGCUUCGACACUUACUGUACGGAGGAUAAUUCGACGUAUAUAUUGUUAAGGAACGCCUCCACCACUUUCCAUGACAUCAACACCGUGUUUAUACCCACACUACUUUCCGGCAACCGUGUACUCUUUCGAUGCUUGAGGAGCAACAAUAUUUGCAAAAGAUACUCGGUGGCAAACAGGCCUGCCUGGAGUAACCUAUUCAGUGCACGUGCCAAUUAUCCAGACUCGGCCUGCUACAUGGAGAUUGAGGAGCCCGUUGAUUCAAGGACGAUCUCAAAUGUGCGAUAUCACCUUGCUGACGCAAGGAUCUACAAUGAGAGAACUACUGGACUUGUCACCGAUGAAACAGUUAACAGACUUGAUGUUGAAGUAACCUCAGAAUUGAACCUCACGGAAAAAGUUGUCAAUACAACUAAUUGGAGCAGAAGUGUCACGUUGACAGUGGGUGUCACGACUGGGGGUUCGGCUGGUAUUCCGUUCGUAGCUGAUGGUAGUAUCGAGAUUUCCACCGAGGUUGCCAAUUCUUGGGAAUGGGGAGUAACGAAGCAAGAAGACCAGGAAGUAGGGUCUGUGCGAACUGUCGUUGUGCCACCUAUGAGUAGAGUUAUGGGGACUCUGAUGGCAACACGACUUUCGUACGAUGUACCUUUCUCGUACACACAGCGUGAUGUCUUGAAAAAUGGGAAUGUAGUAGUUUUCCAAAAGGACGAUGGUGUUUUUACUGGCCACAAUGGCUACGGCUAUUACUACGAGAUUGUCCCGCUUCCUCUGGACUAA